AUGGAAAAGAAACGCCCCGCGACGGCGGAGUGGUCGACUGCGAAGCUCAGGCGCGUUGAUGCGCCGUUCGCAUUUCCUCUCACACAUACAACACCAGUUGCUGGCUUUCGGCCCCGCAGCCUGAAUAAGGAUGCGUUCACAGUAGGAUGGAUAUGUGCCUUGGAGGCGGAAUUAGCUGCAUCUGUGGCUAUGCUCGAUGAAGAAUUUCGGAAUCUCCCAGAAAUUCCGGGUGAUUCAAAUACUUAUACUCUAGGACGAAUGGGAGACCACAACAUUGUGAUGGUUUGCCUUCCAGCAGGAACAACGGGUACAAAUGCUGCCUCGAUGACAGCUACCAACAUGAUGCGGAGUUUUCCCAAAAUUCGCUUUGGUUUGAUGGUAGGCAUUGGAGGCGGAGCUCCUGAUGAGCCAAGCAAUGAUUCGCGCAACGAUAUCCGGCUUGGGGAUGUAGUGGUUAGCUGUCCUACAGUCGAUUCAAGUGGCGUAUUACAAUACGACUUUGGAAAAACGAUGAAAGAAGGGAAAUUUGUUCAAACCGGCACACUAAAUAAGACGCACACAGAAUUGAGGACCGGCAUUUCAGUACUACGAGCACGCCAUCGGAUGGAAAUCAGCCAAGUUCCAUUCCAUAUUGAUACUAUGCUCCAGACCAACGAAAAGAUGCGCGGCUAUUUCGAUCACCCAGGUUUGGAGCACGAUCAGUUGUUCCGAGCAGAUUACGACCACAUAGACGGCGAAUCGAGUUGCGAGACUUGCGACAGAGGAGCCUUGCUGAUUCGGAAGCCGCGCGCAGAUAAAGACCCUGCCAUCCAUUAUGGUCUUAUUGGUUCAGCUAAUCAAGUUAUGAAGCAUGGAAUGACCCGAGAGAAGCUUCGAAAAGAAAAGGGCAUACUCUGUUUUGAGAUGGAAGCUGCAGGACUUAUGGACAUUCUCCCUUGCCUAGUGAUUCGAGGCAUAUGCGAUUAUGCGGACUCGCACAAAAAUAAGAGGUGGCAGCCCUAUGCGGCAGCGGCUGCUGCUGCAUACGCCAAAGAAAUCCUGUCUGUUGUUCCUCCAGCAGAAGCGCCGCCGAUAUUCCCUAUGAACAUUGAUACUAUACAUGUACGAAAAUCAUGA